AUGGUCUCAGAGCUCUACGUGGCCAGCGCAUCGGGCGACCUGGACAAGGUGUCUGCGCUCCUCGAGGGUGGGAACGUCGAUCUUGAAAUAAAAGACCAUGAAGGGGUUAGCCCGCUCAUCGUCGCGGCAAAGAAUGGCCAUCUCAAAGUCGUAGAGAAAUUGCUCGAGAAAGGUGCCGAUCCGCUGAACCCUGGCGCUCACGGUCCGCCCGAGUCGUACGCGACGGACUCGCUGAUCAUCGACACCCUGCGUGCCGCGGCGAUCAACAAGGCGCAACAGGCCGCACAGGCCGCCGAGGCCAACGGGUACAUGCACGGACAGCCGCCCAACGGAUAUUACAUGCCUCCGCCUGGCGCGUACUACUAUCCGCCGCCGCCGGAGGGCAUGGGCUUCUACCCGCCGCCGCCUCACCAGCAGCCGAACGGGGAAAUGCAGGGCCCUCCUCCCGCUCACAACUCCAACCUGCCGCCGCCGGAGAUUGCGCGCCUUAUUCCCUGCCGCUACUUCCCGGCCUGUCGUUACGGCGCGUCGUGCAUGUUCGCCCACCCCGGCCCGUACGGGAUGCCUCCCCCGCCUCCUCACGGCGCACCCUACCCCGGUCCGUACGAGAACGGCGCACCCGGCCCGUACCAGCCAAACUUCUACCCGAUGCCGCCUCCCAACUUUGCACCCAACGGUAUGCCGCUGUCGCCUCAGUCGCCGCCACAGGGCGUCCCUCCCAUGAUGCACCAGCGCUCAGCUUCGGACAUGCUCUCGCCCGUUCAGCCCGGUUUCCCCGCUGGCAUGCCCGGCCCCAUGCCGUAUGGUCCCACUUCUCCUGUCGCCCAGCCGCCUUACGGUGCCCCGAACGGCGUACCUCCCAUGUCUCUCCCGCCAAUGGCUGCUCCUGGCCCGCAGUCGCCUCCCCAAGCGUACCCUCAGACUGCCGUUCCUCAGUCCGCACAGCAGCCGUAUGAGCCGCCCCAGGAGAUGGCGUCAGUUCCCGCUUCAGCUCCUGCUCAGCAGACGACCUACGUCCAGGUUCCUGCCCAGAAGACAACUCCACCGUUGGCCAACGGCGACGCGCCACAGCUCAACGGACACCGUGCCGACGGCUUCGGUCAUCACCGACGUGGCAGCAGCUUCCGACGUGGCCCGUCGUUCGGCAGCCGCAAGCCUCCAUGCGCGUUCUUCCCGUCUGGGCGUUGCAGGAAUGGCGAUGACUGUCGCUUCCCGCAUGUUUCGCCCGACGCGGCACCUGCGCCAGUUCACCAUGCACCCCCACCAUUCAUGGGUCGCCGCGGCGGCUUCCGUGGCCCUCCAGUGCAUCACGCUCACGCACACAGCGUCAAUGGCGUGAAUGGCGCGAACGGAGUGCAGACCAACGGUAACGGCAACGGCGCCGUCAACGGUCUGGAGGACGGCUUCGCUAACCUGAAUGUCCGCGAUGAGCCACAGCGCGGCCGUGGUAGCGAUCGCACGACAAGCUCUGCGUCCUCAAGCCAGGCACGUGCCGGCCCGGGCAAACCCGGCCUCCCGCUGAACGGUGUGAAUGGCGCACGCUCGAACGGCAAGCCCGCUGUCCUGCCCAAGCAACGUGUUCCAAACGCAGACGAAUUCCCUGUUCUUGCUGGCACCACGACGCCACCCGCUCGUAGCCCUCUCGGUGCGCCUGCCGGUCUCGGUGGUCCUACCGCCGCCCAGGUGCUGCAGAACCCGGCUCCCAGCCGUAAGGACCUCGUGAAGGACUUAUUCCGUGGCGGUGCACCGAAAACCUCGCCGCCCGCUGAAGCAGCGACACCCGUCAGUACUACUCCCUCUACGACCGCGACGCCCGCCCCUGCGCCCGUCGCGACCACGCCUAAACUGCCUGUGUCGUUCGCCGCGAUGGCGACGGGUGCGCCCGAGGCUUCUAAGGAAGUCUCCGUCGCCGCUUAA